AUGUCAGGCCACCCUCAACAGGGCGACUACGAUGAUGGCUACGGCCAGCAUCAUCCAAAUGACGGCUAUUACCAGGAGGACCAACACGGUUACCAUGACCAGUAUGACUAUGGUCACCAACAACACGGAGGUGAAGGCUAUUAUGAUGAAUCGGGCUACUACAACGCCGAUGCAUCCAAUCCCUACCACAACGAUGGUGGCUACUACGAGGGUCAUCAGGGGUAUCAGGAUGACUACUAUGACGGCCAGUACUACGACCAGGGAGCUGCCGGACAGCAAUACAACCAGGGACAACGCCCGAGACGCCGCGGUCAUGAUUCUGAGGAGGACUCUGAAACAUUCAGUGACUUCACAAUGAGAUCAGAUAUGGCUCGUGCCGCUGAAAUGGACUACUACGGCCGAGGAGAUGAGCGCUAUAAUAGCGGCUAUGACGGUCAGGGUGGACGCGGAUACCGACCUCCAUCUUCUCAAAUAUCCUACGGCGGUAACAGAUCCUCCGGUGCCUCGACUCCCAUCUAUGGGAUGGACUACAACAAUGCCCUACCGGCUGGCCAACGUUCUCGGGAGCCUUACCCAGCCUGGACCUCUGAUGCUCAGAUCCCACUCUCGAAAGAGGAGGUGGAAGACAUAUUUUUGGAUUUGACGGCCAAAUUCGGAUUCCAACGCGAUAGCAUGCGCAAUAUGUACGACCACAUGAUGACAUUGUUGGAUUCUCGAGCUUCAAGGAUGACUCCGAAUCAGGCUUUAUUGUCCCUCCACGCAGAUUACAUUGGAGGCGACAAUGCCAACUAUCGCCGGUGGUAUUUCGCCGCCCACCUUGAUCUCGAUGACGCCGUUGGCUUUGCCAACAUGAAGCUCGGAAAGGCAAAUCGUAGGACAAGAAAAGCCAGAAAAGCUGCGGCGAAAAAGGCAAAGGAAAAUCCCCAAAAUGAGGAGGCGACGCUCGAAGCAUUGGAAGGGGACAACUCUCUGGAAGCCGCUGAAUAUCGCUGGAAGACUCGCAUGAACAAGAUGUCUCAGCAUGAUCGUGCCCGCCAGAUCGCACUCUACCUGCUUUGCUGGGGUGAAGCUAACCAAGUUCGUUUCAUGCCCGAAGCUCUCUGCUUCAUCUUCAAAUGUGCAGACGACUACUUGCACUCUCCCGCUUGCCAGAAUCGUGUCGAACCGGUCGAAGAGUUCACCUACUUGAACAAUGUCAUCACCCCUCUUUAUACCUACAUCCGUGACCAAGCCUACGAGAUUAUCGACGGCAAGUAUGUGCGCCGGGAGAAGGAUCACAACAAGGUCAUUGGGUACGACGACAUCAACCAGCUGUUCUGGUAUCCUGAAGGAAUUGAGAGAAUCGUCAUGAACGACAAGUCGCGCAUUGUUGAUCUUCCACCAGCGGAGAGGUACCUCAAACUAGGCGAGGUCAACUGGAAGAAGGUCUUCUUCAAGACCUACAAGGAAACCAGGUCCUGGUUCCACCUAAUUGUCAACUUCAACCGAAUUUGGGUCAUCCAUCUUACUACUUUCUGGUUCUACACGGCUUUCAACUCCCCAACGCUGUACACUAAGAAUUACCAGCAACAACUGAACAACAAGCCUCACGCUGCUGCCCAAUGGUCUGCCGUGGCUUUGGGUGGCACAAUCGCGACGCUGAUCAACAUCCUGGCUACCCUCAUUGAGUGGUCGUACGUUCCGCGGAAAUGGGCUGGUGCUCAGCACUUGACCAAGCGACUUCUCUUCUUGAUCGGCGUCUUCAUCCUUAACAUUGCACCCAGUGUCUACAUCUUCGGCUUCACUCAGACAUCGAAGAUUUCUCUGAUUUUGGGUGUGGUUCAAUUCCUCGUUGCCUUGGCCACGUUCUUCUUCUUCUCAAUCAUGCCUUUGGGUGGGUUGUUUGGAAGCUACCUGACCGGAAACAGUCGUCGCUAUGUCGCCAGUCAGACUUUCACUGCUUCGUACCCUCGUCUCAAGGGUAACGACAUGUGGAUGUCUUUCGGUCUGUGGAUCAUGGUCUUCGCUGCCAAAUUGGCUGAAUCGUACUUCUUCCUGACUCUGUCGUUCAGAGACCCGAUUAAGAUUCUAUCCUACACCAAAAUCCGCAAUUGUCAGGGAGACAAGAUUCUGAAAGAUUACCUCUGCAAGUACCAGCCUCAGAUCUUGCUCGGUAUCAUGUUCUUCACCGACCUGAUUCUGUUCUUCUUGGAUACCUAUUUGUGGUACAUCAUCUGGAACUGCGUCUUCUCGGUCGCUCGAUCGUUCUACCUAGGUGUCUCGAUCUGGACGCCCUGGCGAAACAUUUUCUCUCGCUUGCCGAAGCGAAUUUACUCCAAAGUUUUGGCCACGACGGAUAUGGAAAUCAAGUACAAGCCGAAGGUUCUUAUCUCACAAGUCUGGAACGCAAUCGUCAUCUCCAUGUACAGAGAACAUCUUCUGGCCAUCGACCACGUCCAGAAGCUCCUCUACCAUCAAGUGCCUUCGGAGCAGGAGGGCAAGCGUACGCUUCGUGCGCCAACGUUCUUUGUUUCCCAGGAAGAUCAUUCGUUCAAGACCGAAUUUUUCCCGUCCCAGAGCGAAGCCGAGCGUCGUAUCUCCUUCUUUGCCCAGUCUCUGUCUACACCUAUCCCCGAACCUCUUCCGGUUGACAACAUGCCAACUUUCACAGUCCUUAUCCCUCACUAUGGAGAGAAGAUUCUGUUGUCUUUGCGAGAAAUCAUCCGUGAGGAUGAACCUUAUUCCCGUGUCACUCUUCUAGAGUACCUCAAACAGCUCCACCCUCAUGAAUGGGACUGCUUCGUUAAAGACACCAAGAUUCUCGCGGAUGAGACAUCUCAGUUCAAUGGCGACUAUGAAAAGUCGGAGAAAGACACAGCAAAGAGCAAGAUUGAUGAUCUUCCUUUCUACUGCAUCGGGUUCAAGUCUGCGGCUCCAGAAUAUACUUUGCGAACUCGAAUCUGGGCCUCGCUCCGGUCUCAAACACUGUAUCGCACAAUUUCUGGAUUCAUGAACUACAGCCGAGCUAUCAAGCUCUUGUAUCGCGUUGAAAACCCUGAAGUUGUGCAAAUGUUCGGCGGCAACUCUGACAAGCUGGAGCGUGAACUCGAGCGCAUGGCUAGACGCAAAUUCAAGAUCGUGGUUUCCAUGCAGCGGUAUGCCAAGUUCAAGAAAGAGGAACGUGAAAACACCGAAUUCUUGCUCCGUGCUUAUCCAGACCUUCAAAUCGCCUAUCUGGAUGAGGAGCCACCGCAGAACGAAGGAGAGGAACCUCGUUUGUACUCUGCUCUGAUCGAUGGCCAUUCGGAACUUCUUGAGAAUGGAAUGCGGCGACCGAAGUUCAGAAUCCAACUUUCCGGCAACCCUAUUCUCGGAGACGGCAAGUCCGACAACCAGAAUCAUGCGAUCAUCUUCUAUCGUGGUGAAUACAUUCAGCUUAUUGACGCCAAUCAAGACAACUACUUGGAAGAAUGCCUGAAAAUCCGAAGUGUUUUAGCUGAGUUCGAGGAGAUGACGACGGAUAAUGUCUCGCCGUACACUCCUGGACUCCCUCCGACAAAGACCAACCCUGUUGCCAUCCUCGGUGCUCGCGAGUACAUUUUCUCUGAGAACAUUGGCGUGCUUGGCGACGUGGCUGCUGGCAAGGAGCAAACAUUCGGCACUCUUUUCGCUCGUACCUUGGCUCAAAUCGGUGGCAAGCUUCAUUAUGGUCACCCCGAUUUCCUCAACGGAGUCUUUAUGACAACUCGAGGUGGUGUCUCCAAGGCUCAGAAAGGGCUCCACCUUAACGAAGAUAUCUACGCUGGAAUGAAUGCUCUUAUCCGUGGCGGCCGCAUCAAACAUUGCGAAUACUACCAGUGUGGAAAGGGUCGUGAUCUUGGUUUUGGCUCCAUUCUCAACUUCACGACUAAGAUCGGCACUGGUAUGGGUGAACAAAUGUUGUCCCGAGAGUACUACUAUCUCGGUACUCAGUUGCCCUUGGACCGCUUCCUGUCUUUCUACUAUGCCCAUCCUGGUUUCCACAUCAACAACAUGUUCAUCAUGUUGUCCGUGCAGCUCUUCAUGAUUGUGUUGAUCAACCUGGGUGCCCUGAGACACGAGACCAUCAUCUGUUUCUACAACCGAAAUGUUCCACCAACGGAUCCUCUCAAACCUACCGGGUGCACGAACUUGACGCCUAUUAUGGAAUGGGUUGAGCGUUGCGUUGUCUCGAUCUUUAUCGUCUUCUUCAUCUCCUUCGUACCCUUGGUGGUUCAGGAAUUGACUGAGCGUGGGUUUUGGCGCGCUGCUACUCGUUUGGCUAAGCACUUUGCAUCCGCCUCUCCUAUAUUUGAGGUGUUUGUGUGCCAAAUCUAUGCGAGCUCGAUUCAGCAGGAUCUUUCCUUUGGUGGCGCUCGAUACAUCGGUACAGGUCGUGGCUUUGCGACAGCACGUAUCCCAUUCGGAGUUCUCUACUCUCGCUUUGCUGGUCCGUCAAUUUACCUCGGAGCUCGGUCGUUGAUGAUGUUGCUCUUUGGCACGAUCACCGUUUGGGGUGCCUGGCUCCUGUGGUUCUGGGUCUCCCUGCUCGGCCUCUGCAUCUCGCCUUUCAUUUUCAACCCCCAUCAGUUCGCCUGGAACGAUUUCUUCAUCGACUACAGGGACUAUCUCAGGUGGUUGUCUCGGGGCAACUCGCGGUCCCAUGCUUCAUCUUGGAUUGCCUUCUGCCGACUGUCACGUACUCGGCUUACGGGAUACAAGCGCAAGGCUCUCGGAGUUCCAUCUGAGAAACUCUCUGGCGACGUUCCUCGUGCUAAUUUCACGAGUGUCUUCUUCAGCGAAGUUGUCGGACCUCUGGUGCUUGUUUGCUUUACGCUGAUCCCUUACCUCUUCAUCAACGCCCAGACCGGAGUAACGACCGAUGUCAAGCCGCCCACAAACUCUCUGGUGAGAGUGGCGAUUGUUGCUUUUGCCCCCAUUGCCAUUAACGCUGGCGUGUUGGCUGGCUUGUUCGGCAUGGCUUGCUGCAUGGGUCCUGUUUUGAGCAUGUGCUGCAAGAAAUUCGGUUCGGUCCUUGCCGCCAUUGCGCACGGCGUCGCUGUCAUUAUGCUCUUUGCGUUCUGGGAAGUCAUGUUCUUCCUCGAGGGAUGGAUUUUCGCUAAGGCACUCUUGGGCAUGAUUGCUGUGGUGGCUCUCCAACGCUUCGUCUUCAAGCUGAUCAUCGCCCUCUGCCUGACGAGAGAGUUCAAACACGAUACUUCCAACAUUGCCUGGUGGACUGGCAAAUGGUACUCGAUGGGUUGGCACUCGAUGUCCCAACCUGCACGAGAAUACCUUUGCAAGAUCACUGAGCUAGGCUUCUUCGCCGCGGACUUUAUCCUGGGCCACAUCAUCAUGUUCAUCAUGUUGCCCGCUCUCUGCGUCCCUUACAUUGACAAAUUCCACUCGGUCAUGCUAUUCUGGUUGCGCCCUAGCCGUCAAAUUCGACCCCCCAUCUAUUCAAUCAAACAGUCUCGUCUCCGAAAACGGCGCGUCAUUCGUUACGCUAUUUUAUAUUUCUUUAUGCUUGUCGUUUUCCUUGUGCUCAUCAUUGGGCCUAUCAUUGUCCGAAAAUACAUCACUGGCCUACCGACCAUUCCUCUUGACCUCGUUCAACCCACUGGACAGAACAAUAACGAUACCACCACAGGUGUCACCGGUUCUGCUCUGGUCAACUUUGGUCAAGACGCUGGAACUGCUGCUGCUACCGCCGCUGCCACAAGCAGCAACUCCAACGACCCCUUCAGCUUUGGCGGAGGUGGUGGACGAUUCGUCCGAUGGUAG